ACAACUACAACACCAACAACUACGCCAACCACCACAACGCCUACCACAACUGAAACAACAACACCAACAACUACGCCAACCACCACAACUCCUACUACAACAACUUCAACCCCGCCUAGAACUACACCCUGCCCUGGGGGACAUGAUAUGACAUGUGGUUGGUCACAAUGGAUUAAUGUUGGCAUGCCGACACAGGGCCCUAACGGUGGGUAUGAUAAAUCCAUCCAGGACAUAGUCUCUGCUGAUCAUUCAGUAUGCUCAGAUCCUAAAGAAGUCCAGUGUAGAGCUGUUCUCUAUCCACUCCAGUCCAUGGCACAGGUGGGUCAAAAUGUGACCUGCAAUAAAGAUGUUGGUCUCGUAUGCAUCAACAAUCAACAAGGGCCUAAUCAAAAUUGUUUUGAUUACGAAAUUCAAUUUAAAUGCUGUGGAUGUCCAACUCCUUCCACAACUAAAACCACAACUAGGACUACGACUUCCACUAUGCCAACCACAACAACUCCUACCACAACUGAAACAACGACUACAACAGCAACAACUACGCCAACCACCACAACGCCCACCACAACUGAAACAACAACACCAACAACUACGCCAACCACCACAACUCCUACCACAACUGAUAUAACAACUAAAUGCCACUGCCUUCAUGAUGGUAUAAAUUUCCCGCCUGGCUCCAUGGUCUACAAUGUGACAGACAAUGAUGGCCACUGUUUCACUGGACACUGCAAUGCAACUUGUCAAGUAGAAGUUAACGACCACCCCUGUUCUUUUAAACAGUGUGAUCAUCUAACACCUAAAAGAAAGAAUGGUGAAGUUUGGAAGGUUACUAGCUGUAUUACAGGACGAUGCGAUGAUGGCAAUGUGACAUUUCACGAUAAACAGUGUCCAAUUUCAAAGCCUGUAGUGUGUGCAAAUAAUUUCCCUGCUGUUGAAGUGAUGGAUGAAGAUGGAUGCUGCACCCACUAUGAAUGUCAAUGUAUCUGCUACGGUUGGGGAGACCCCCAUUAUGUCACCUUCGAUGGAACGUACUAUGAUUUUCAAGGCAACUGCUCCUACUGGCUGAUGAAAGAGAUUUCGCCCAAAUACAACUUCAGUGCUAUGAUUGAUAACACCUACUGUGGUGACGGCUUGUCCUGUCCUCAGUCCAUCACAGUCUUCUAUCAAAGCUACAAGAUCUUUAUUACACAGAAUGAUAUCAAUGGCAAUUUCAUAAAUCAGAUUUCUGUAAAUGACAAGCCUGUAAGUCUUGCAUACCAGAAUAAAGACUUCCGUUUAAUUACCACUGGCAUAGAAACAGUGCUUGUCAUCCCUAACAUCCAAGCCAAGGUCACCUUCUCAGGGCUCAUUUUCGGUAUCUACCUGCCCUAUAGUGAUUUUGGUGGCAACACCCAGGGACAGUGUGGCACAUGUGACAACAACCGGACAGAUGACUGCAGGUUGCCCAGUGGCAAAAUAGAUGCUUCGUGUCCUGAUAUGGCACACGAUUGGCGUACUACUGGUCCCUGUGAACGAGUGCCCCCAACACCAACACCUCCGCCUGAUACCUGCGAUACAACUAUCUGUGAGAUCAUUAAAAGCAGUUUGUUCGAGGCUUGCCACGCGAAAAUUGGCUACGGCCCAUUUGUUGAGGCUUGUGAGUUUGACAUUUGCCACAUACCCAUUAAACACAUUGGCUGCAGCAGUUUACAAGCCUAUGCUGAUGCCUGUGCUGAGGCUGGAAUUUGUAUCGACUGGAGAGGAGCCACCGACGGAAUCUGUGAUUAUAACUGCCAGAGUCCAAAGGUGUAUCGGGCCUGUGGCCCCCAGGUGGAGCAUACUUGUGAAUCCUGGUACAACAGUAAAUUCAUCUUCGCUGUCAAUGAGUUCUCUAAAAUGACAGAAAUGGAGCUGGAGGGUUGCUUCUGCCCAAAUGGAACCCACCUCCUCUCUUCCACUAGUAAUGAAUGCGUGCCCACCUGUGAAAUUUGUAGGCUCCCAAAUGGAAUAUGGAAAAUGCCCAAUUCAACAUGGAUAGAAGGCUGCCAGGAGUGUACAUGUGAGGAGGAUACAUUUCAGGUGGUUUGCCGUGAUGUGUCCUGUCCUGCACAGCCACCCCUCAGCUGUGACCAAGAGGGUAAGGUCAUGGUCACUGAGACCGUUGGCUGCUGUCAAGAGAAGAAGUGUGUGUGUAAAGUGACGACGUGUCCUGCUAUGCCAACUUGUCCUGUUGGUCACACUGUGGAAAUCACUACGGGAACCUGCUUUCCCAAUGCUUCCUGCGUCAUUCAAAAGGACGUGUGUGUCUUCCAAAACAAUGUUUAUCAGGUUGGGGACGUAGUGCCCAUGAAGAAGCCAUGCGACAACUGCAUUUGUAGUAAAAACCCAGAUGGCAGCAGCGGUUUUAACAUAGUGGAAUGUCAGCCGACACCAUGUGACACACACUGCCCUCUGGGUUAUGAGUAUCAAACAGUCGCUGGUCAGUGCUGUGGGAAGUGUCUCCAAACAAGCUGCGUUAUCACGCCUUCAAACGUAUCACAGACAUUACAGCCUGGCACCAUUUGGACUCCUGUUGACAACCCUUGUGUGAAGUUUGAGUGUGUGAAGAUCGCUACUCAGUUCAUCACUGUAGAGGCCAAGACCAUCUGUCCUCUCUAUGACCCUAAAGAAUGCAUACCGGGAACAGAGACCAUAGCUCCGGACGGAUGCUGCCCUGUCUGUAUUCCAAAGGGUAAUCCCUGCAACAUGUCCACCACUGCUAUGUACCUGGAGAGCCAAGGCUGCAAGUCCAAAGAACGGGUCAAUGUGACGUCCUGUAGUGGAGCGUGUGGCACCAUCACUUUCUACUCUACCAAAAUGGGAUCCUUGCAGCACACCUGUUCCUGCUGCCAGGAGGUGGCUACAUCUAAGCGGAUGGUCCAGCUCUCCUGCCCUGACAACACAGAGAUUAGCUUCUCCUACAUCCACAUUGACAACUGCGGGUGCCUCAAGACAGAAUGCUCUGUGCCAGGCCCCAGUACAAUGGCAAACACCGACUUCAACGUCAAAUCACGUCGACGCAGGAGAUGAGGCAAAAACCAAAGCAUUUGCUUUGGCCAAUUAUGCAAUUAGCAUGAAUUAAUAGAAUAAAAUGUAGUAAUCCAAACAUUGUCUGCAUCCAUAAUUCCUGUAUUUAUGUCUGAUUUAUUGAAAUCAUAAGAUCAUAAUAUCUCAUUAAUAAAGAUCAUACUGUA